AUUCCCUCCUCUAUUAAAGCCCCCUAAAACACCCUCACAGACAUGCCAAGAGUGUAUCUCCUGGGUGACCCUACAUCUCUCCAGGAUUGGCUAAGGCAAGAUUGAAGAGGUGGUUCAGAGUGCAUGCUGCCCAAGCAUGAGAUAACGUCUGUGUCCUUUCUCCUACUCCGGAUCCCAGCCUCUCUCAGACCCUUCCUCCCUGUGUGGCAGUCCUGCCCUGAGCGUCCAGCUUCCCUGAGAGCUCUGCGCUCCUCUUGAAGAACCAGAGAUGCUCAGUCCUGCCUCUGCGCUCAGGGCCACUCUGGCAUAUGCUUCCUCUGCCCGUGUCCUUCUGUCACUCAUCACUCCCCUGGGCCAGCAUCUGUGGCCUCUGAAAGCCCAGAGCUUGCACCGACUCAUCUCUGGCAAGAAACACUUCCCUGUCCUAAAGCCUAAAACAUGGAGGAAAUGAAGAAGACAUCCAGGCAGAGAAGAGGUGGUGAGAUGGGAGAGAAAACAGACUGCUCAGGUGUAAAGUGUGUGUGUGUCUGUCUGUCUGUCUGUGCGUCUGUCUAUCUGUCUGUGUAUUGUCUGUCUGUGUAUGUCUGUCUGUCUGUGUAUUGUGUCUGUCUGUGUGUCUGUGUAUUGUGUCUGUGUGUGUGUGUCUGUCUGUCUGUCUGUGUAUUGUGUCUGUGUGUGUGUGUGUGCGUGUGUGUGUGUGUGUGUGUGUGUGUGUGUGUGUGUGUGUGUGUAUGCACAGGCACAUGCUCAUGUAUAUUCCUACAUGGGUACAUGGAGGCCAGGGUUCAAUGUCAGAUGUCUUCCUCAGUCGCUCUACACUUCUAUUUUAAGGCAGGGUCUUUCACUGAACCUGGAACUCACCAAUUUGGCCAGACCAGCUGGUCAGAAAGACAUAGGAAUGCUUCUGUCUCCACACUGGGAUUUACAGGUGUACACACCACUCUCCUGGUCUUUACUCCAGAAACAUGCUGUGUGGCUUUGUCUUCUGGCAGAGGAGCCCGCUUGCAGAAAAAUCUGGUCCCACGGGGUCCCAAGGCACACAUGGGUCAAGCCACAGCAUCACCAGGGAAUAUUCUUCCAAAGCAAGGGUAGCUUGCAAAUAUUUUUCUCCUCUUCUCCUUUCUCUGUGGACCGUUUUCUCCAGUCAUUUGCAAUAACAUGGGAGCUAUUACAUCAAGCAAAAAACCCAUGCAGCAAAAGACCAACACCCCUGCCAGCACUCACGUGUGGAUCUGAAAAAGCUGGCCUCAAAGCACAGAAGGGAAGUUCCCUGGGGCAGGGGAGUAGUCAGAGGACACAACUACAAGAAGACAGAGGGAUCCAUCAAACAGCAGAGCCACUCACACCAUUGAUGAUGCAUCCAGUUUCCCAAAAAAGUGCAGUGUGGACUUUAAACAGGAUCAUCAGAAAAACGGUUUCAGCACCAGGAUUCCACAGCGCACUGUCCGCCCACCAUCACCAGUGGGUAUCAUUGGAUACAACCCACAAUGAAGACACCCAGGCUCCAGAGACACUGCGUCUGAGUAAGGGGGCCCAGGGCUCUGUGUCCUCACUCACAGGCUCCCCAGCAACUGCCCUGUGUUCCAGAUGGAGAGACUCCUUCUAAACUGGGACUGACAUCAUCUGUGGCACGAGUGUCCCCUGGACCAGCAACUACCCAGAAGAGACCCAUUUCAAGGACAUGUCAGAGAGGGCAGGGAGAUGAUUCGUUCCAUGGGUAAAUUACUUGCUGCGAUUCACAUCUCCGACACCCAUGCGAGAGCCAGGCACAGCCGGGUGUGUCUGUAACCCCAGCUCUGGGAGGGUGGAGGGUGGAGACCUGCAGAUCCCUGGAGCACGGUGGCAAGCCAGGCUAGCAGAAAACAAGCUCUAGGUUCAGUGAGAGACCCUUUCUCAAAAAAUAAGAUGGAACAUGGUGGAGUAAACACCUGAGGAGUUCUGGCCUCCGUGUGUUCACCUGAGCACACAUGUGCACACGCACAGGGAAGGGCAGGGGAGGGGAGAGAGAGUACUAAGCAUGGGCCGCUGGCUGCUGCUUGUUCUCGGAAUGUUUACUAUAAACACUAUAAACAGAGAUCGUUGAAGUAAACAUGGAUACGCUCUGGAGGUUUAUUUUUAACUUUGCCGGGAAGGUGGCCAUGAGCUCAGUGACUCACUGCAGUGUUCAAAAAGAACGUUUUCUCACACCCCCCAAAUUAUACCUUCUAUGUGGAAUCAGAAAUUACUGACUCAGAAAAAUAUCCUUUAUAGCACACGGUACAAAGAGCAGAGAAUCACGCCUCACGACUAGAAGCCAGGGUCGGGGAUAACAACACACAGCUAGCACCACCCCGAGGACAAGGGGUGUAAGUGAUGCUGAGGCACAGAGCACGUGAGAACUGUGGAGGACUGAUGACAGGGGACCGCAGCCAGCUGAGGUCACCACCUUCCCAAAGCUCCCACGAAGAAACAACAAUGCUGACUCAGUUUGUCCUGGGCCUCUCUUGGAUUUUCCAGCCAAGCAAUACAGGCUGUGUUUGCAAGUCGCCUCAGAGUUUGGUUGGCAAAGGACGGUGCACCCUUGAACACGGGCUCAGGCAGCCAAGCGGAGAUGCUAAACUCUGUGCAUGUCUUUGUGUGGGCUGAGAUCUGUUUUCUAUGGAUUACUACAGCACCCUACACCGUCCAAGAAAUGUCAGACAAGUUGACCACAGCAAUUAAGUUGUCUGCCAUCUGCGAGGGGGCUUGGCUUACAGCUUGCUGAAGUUAAAUAUAUUUUGAAGAGAAAAAAGCCAAGUUUUUCGAUGUUUUGCCUAUCUGUCAAUCUCAGCCACGCUAGCCUUGGAGCGUCUGAAGGGAGAAUUGUUCUCCCUCAAGGAAUGGUUUAGCGUUGGCAUGCUGAAAUUUCAGAACCCGAGGAGCACUCCAAAAAUGAACUACUCCUUGAGAAACCCCACAUCUAAUCUUGGGGUUGGCAGAGCUAAAGCCCUGCUCGGAAGUCAGCCAGGCUGUGAGAUGAAGGUAUUCUAUCAUCACCCCAGACGGCAAGUUCUUUUCCAGAAGUGCCAGGCCUGAGUGAAGAGCCCAAUCUCACACCCCUGCCUCUGUUUCCUCACGUCGAGUGAACGUCUACAUGUGACACUCAGACCUACAGUGUAACACUCACAAAACCCUCUGCCUCUCGGCUGCAGUUCCAGGCUGAGCUGUGAGGUCGGGAGGGAGGAUGGGUCUGGGACCCUGCUGUGUGCUUGCCUGCAAACGUUCUGAUCCGCUGUGGUCUCCCAACUUUGACCAGAGUGACUCUUCCAUUCUCCUUGGAGACAAAGUAUUCCAAGACCCGUGAAAGCAC